UUCUGUUCAGGCGCGAUGUAGUCAGUCCUUACAGACCCGGAAGUGACGUGUCGUGUAACAUCAGCAGCACCAUCGACAACAGCAGUCGAAAUGAAGCUGGACUCAAACGAUGAUGAAGAUGUGGCUUUAUUUGAUGCUGAGGAAGAUUCAGCCACGAGAAAGAACAAGAUCAAGCAUCCGGUGGCAUCGUUCUUCCAUCUGUUCUUCCGGGUCACUGCCAUCCUGGUCUACCUGCUGUGUGGUUCAGUCGGGGGAUCCUUCAUCGCCUGUAUGGUCACCAUCAUUCUUCUUGUCGUGUGUGUUACUUGUGGGUGGUGGUGUUUUAAUAUUACCGGCCGUCUGAUGGUGGGUUUGCGCUGGUGGAAUCAAGUGGAUGAUGAUGGAAAAAACCAUUGGGUGUUUGAGUCCAGAAAGGUACACACACACACACACACACACACACACAGUCCUCAGUUGUCUUGUUUUCUGGUUGCUUUCUUUACGCUCGUCUCCUUUAAGAUCCGAUGGCUGGCCGUGGUGAUUUUGGGAGUGGUGUUACAGGGAGCCAAUCUCUACGGAUACGUGCGCUGCAAAGUAGGAGCCAGAACAAACCUGAAGAACAUGGCCACAAAUUACUUUGGGCGGCAGUUUCUAAAACAGGCUUUCACAAAACAAGAGGAGUCAUAGGAAGGAGCGUCUGACCUUCA